CUCUUCCCCUCAAAUCGUCACUCCAACCGGCUAUUCACAACUCGUCGCUCCUUUGAUUAUGACUAGUCGAGCGCCCCCGAUACGCAAAGCUUCCGGGAGUCGCCUGAAGCCCGUGGCAGACUCCCUGGAGACGGUGGGCUUCGUAUCUAAAGGAGACCGGAAGUACGCCUGCGCGCCUUCCAACCCCCCACCUCCGCCCGGGCUGACAUGCGCAGAUUGCUAGACCACAAAGCUCAAAAGGAAUAUUAUAAAAGUAUUGUUGAAAGAUAUAUGGCGUUCUGCGCUCUUCAUGCGAAGGACAUGGAUGCUGCCUGGACAUCCCUCCCCAGGAGCGCCUCGGAUGACGCAACCAAGAACCCGCCUGCUUCCUUACCCACGAAACCAACAGGAACAUCCACUCCUUCGGCAGCAUCAGAGUUAUCUACUAUCCUGCUCUCCCUCAGAAAGCUCCGGGAGGCCGUCCUGGCCACUGCAUCCACAAUCCCUAUCAUUUUCUCCCAGCAGGUUCACCUGUUCUCCGUUAAGAUCGCCAUCCGAGCCCAACAUCCUCCAUCGUAUACCCCCUCCCUCCGAUACCUCAUGGAAGAGCUCCACACUCCAUCGCAUCCACUUCCAGACUCCGAUUUAAAGGAGGUGAUAUCGUACCAGAUCCUUGAUUCUGCUUGCCGGCAACAGGACUUGGGUGCCGCUUAUGAGCUGCGUGCGCGGGCGCGCAGGAAAUAUGCAUUCAAUUCGUCCAUGGUCGAUGAGGUCCUGCACGCGCUGGCACAUGAUGACUGGGUUAUAUUUUGGCGCAUCCGUAGGGGAGUAGAUUCCAACAUGCGCGCCGUCCUCAACUGGGCUGAGGAACGGGUUCGAAGGCACGCUCUCAAAGCUGUGGGUAAAGCUUAUCUCAACGCCGAUAGCAAGUGGAUCACCGAAGGUUGUACCGGAGAGAAGGAGUUGACGUGGGAGAAGCUGGUGGAAUUGGAGAAGCUCGGAUGGGAGAAAGAAGGUGAUAAGAUUAUCAUUAGGAGGCCGAAGCAGAAACCCACCGUCAAUCUGACCCCCAUCAAGGAGGCUCUGUGAUGGUGAAUGGCCGAAAAGUGUUGUUAUAUCAUUAUAUCAUGGCUCGGCGAAUUAUGAUUCAAGGUUAUGGCGUCUGGCAUAGGGUAAGAUGCUUGAAUUGGUUUAGCCAUAGCACAUGGAUAAGGAGGGUUGAGCUGGAAGGGUUCUUCAACACUGUGCGGCCUGUGUCAUCGAUUGACAUUAGAUCUUGAAAUCUGCACUUGGCCGGUCCAAGUUCAGGACUCCCGUUACUGGUUGUUUGGCUACAGUCUCGACAAGAUCUGUUUUGAGCUUCCCAGCCUUCUCAGAGCACAGCUCGUAGAUAGUCGAUAAGUUGUACAC